ACUGCGCAUGCGCAGUACAGACCUGGGCCCGAACCGUAAACAUCAGACGCACCGAAGCAGAAUCACGAACAUUAUUAAUGAAUUAUUUGGACCAGAUGGGUUUGUGAAGCGGAUUCCUUUUGUUAUGGAAACGUUAUACAUCGUAGAUGUGAAUGAAUUCGAGUCCUGGAAGCAGAGUGAAGUGGAAGAAAAGCCCCGCAGAGAGGCUCAGACCCGGACCUGCAGACACAUGUGACCACCAGGGGGCGCUUCAUCACCCUGAUCAUCGUCGUUCUCAGCGUUUCUAUUACCCUCUAGUGCUUUUCUCUCCUCUGCUGUGUCUCUGUUCGGUGCUCUGGGGGCUGCUUGGGCGACUGUGUACACUAUCAGCCUUGUUUUUCAAGCCCUUCCGCAGCAUUAUGGCCACCAAACCGAAGGCAGACGGUACAGACUAUAAUGGCACCGGAGAGCUGGUUAAAAUGCAUCACAAACAGGCGUUUGACUUCCUGUCAGUGGCUCUGCGUAUCGACGAGGAUGAGAAAGGACCCAAAGUUCAGGCGGUGCAGUGGUAUCGUAAGGGCAUCGCUGAGCUGGAGAAAGGCAUCUCUAUCGAGGUCACAGGCUCUGGGGAGAAAGCAGAACGUGCCAGACGACUCCAGGAUAAAAUGAACCACAACUUGAUACAGGCCAAAGAUCGCCUACAGCUGCUGGCCCAGCUGAGCUCAGCUCCCUUGCCCACUGUAAGCACUGACAGCUUUAACUCCCCUCUCUCCGGUGCAAGCCCCCGCCCAGCCAGUGGUGUUGUACCUAAGAAGACAGACGACUCUUCAUUUCUGUUGAAGGUGAAACCCGCCAGACCUCCAUCUAGUGCCCCCCAGCGCACAUCCAGCUUCACUGCACCAUCUGCAGGCCGAACAGGACUCCAAACCCACCACAGGGUUCCAGCAGGUCAGGUUGCUGCCAGAGGAAAAACUAAAGCCAGCGCUGCUCCUUCAUCCACAACACGGAGCAGGAAAGACAUGAAGAACUUUAAAAAUGUGGACAGCAAACUGGCCAACCUCAUCCUCAAUGAGAUAGUAGACAGUGGCUCAGCAAUGAGGUUUGAUGAUGUAGCAGGUCAGGAGCUGGCGAAACAGGCACUGCAGGAGAUCGUGAUCUUACCAGCACUGCGGCCUGAGUUAUUCACAGGGCUGAGAGCUCCAGCGAGAGGACUGCUGCUGUUCGGGCCUCCUGGUAACGGGAAGACCAUGUUGGCAAAAGCCGUUGCCAUGGAAUCCAACGCUACCUUCUUUAACAUUAGUGCUGCUAGUUUGACCUCCAAAUACGUUGGUGAAGGUGAGAAAUUGGUACGUGCUCUAUUUGCUGUUGCCCGAGAACUGCAGCCAUCAAUAAUCUUCAUUGAUGAAAUAGACAGUCUCCUGUGUGAAAGGAGAGAAGGAGAGCAUGAUGCCAGCAGGAGACUGAAGACUGAGUUCCUCAUAGAGUUUGAUGGGGUACAGUCAGGAGGAGAUGACAGGGUGCUGGUGAUGGGAGCCACAAAUCGUCCUCAGGAGCUGGAUGAGGCGGUGCUCAGGCGCUUUGCGAAGAGGAUUUACGUGACUUUACCCUCAGAGGAGACUAGGCUGAAGCUGCUGAAGAAUCUUCUGAGUAAACAUGGCAACCCAUUGUCACAGAAAGAGCUGAAUCAGCUAGCCAGGAUUACUGAGGGUUACUCUGGCAGUGAUCUGACCUCCUUGGCUAAAGACGCUGCACUCGGACCCAUACGAGAGCUUCGUCCAGAGCAAGUGAGGAACAUGGCUGCAAAUGAGAUGAGGAACAUCCGUUUAUCAGAUUUCAGCGAGUCUCUAAAGAAGAUCAAGAAGAGUGUUAGUCCUCAAACUCUUGAGCGGUACGCACGCUGGAACAGGGAGUAUGGAGAUACCACCACUGUAUAACACACAAACACACACACACACGCACGCACACACACACACACACACAAAACCUCUGGACUGUGACCUGAGACGUGAUUGAGGUUUUCAAAUUACGUAAACUAUUCUUAAACCCUGCUGUUUAUUCCAUUUACCAUUUUGGAUAUCAGACACUUUUGUAUGCAAGCGUGUUUCUACUGUCCUUGUGAUUUGGGAGACGUCUCUGACUUGACUCUGAGGAGCCUUCUGAUUGACACAAACCACUGGAGAACACAUCUUCAGGCAUUUAUGUUCUCUUACUGCAUGCUCAAAUCAAGAACCGGCCCAAACAGGAACCACCAGAAGCUGAGGUUUCAGUUACGUUCUUCACCAACCAGAAAGACGCCUGAAACGUAUUUCAGUGACCAUCAAACAUACUGUUUUCUGGCUGUUUGGGUAAACAGCAUUUCUAGAAUGACAGAAAGGCUCAGUGAUUACAGGCAUUUAAAUUUCGUUCAAUUUCAAUUUUUAAUACUGCCGUACCGACACCAACGACCAUAAGUGAUGUCAUUUUUAUAUCAAUAAUCAGCACAAGUUGCAGGUAGACGAUCUACAACACAUUAAUAGCUCCACCCCUGAGGAUGCAUCUGGCGGUUCUUUGCAUCUGUGCCUUUACCUUCUCUGCAGUUUCUUUAUAUGAAUAACAGACUGUUUAACUGAGGUACAGUUUUGAGAUGUGUGCUGUAGCAGGACUAGGCUGUGAUCUCAGCUCUGGUGUGCUUUGUACAGGGUCAACAGUGGCUGUAACACGAACAGUAAACCUUACUGAAUUGCAUGGAAAGAGAACUGCCAAAAGCCCUGUAUUUAAAGCAAUAAUUAGUAAAAAAAAUCAUGACGUCAGAUGAGAUGUACACUGUGUUGUAUGUAGUAUUUAUGUAAGAACCAGAAAAACGAUCUAUAUUGUAAAUUUCAGGUGUUUUCAUUCGUUUCCGUAUGUCUGCAGUGUCAAUUGUUAACCAGCAGGUGGCAGCAGAUACACAGCAAAUCUACGGGUUUCUGAAAAAAUAAAGUACGAAGAACUAUUAACAAUAUUAAAGAAGAUUAAAGGAUAUUUUUGAGUA